AUGACAGAACGUACUGUUCAUUGUACAUUUCAUAAUGUUUCAUCUGAUCUUGUUGAUAUAAUAUCAUCAUCCAUUGGUAUACGUACAUUAUCAAAACAAAAUAAUAAUCAAUUAUCUUAUUCAUGUUCGCUUUUAAAUGCUCGACAAAUACGUUCGACUCUUGCAGAUUCUCUUGGUCAAUAUCCACAAAUUUGGUUUUCAAUCGAUUAUUCAAAUCAAUUGAAUAAUUUCUCGUCAAAAUUUGAUAAAAAUUUUUCUAUGAUCGAUCAUAUUUUUUUUGGUUCAUUAUAUUCAAUUGAAAAAUUUUUUGUUCAUAAUACACCUCUUAAUGAAAGAAAUCAUUGGAAAAUCAAAAUUUAUAAUAAACAAACAUUAAUAAUUGAAUCUGAUGAAGAAAAUUCUACUAUUCGUUUAUCUAUACCAUUAAAAUAUUUACAUAAAGAAAUUCUUGUUAUUGAUGGUGAAAAUUAUUCUGAAAUUAUUUUUAGUUAUAAUUUAAUAACAAUCGAUUUACGUACAAAUAAUAAUAAAAAAAUUGAAAAAAUUUAUGGUAAUAAUCCAAUCGUUAAAACAUUAAAUCAGUGUACAAAUUUUUUAAUAUGUUUAUCACCAAAAAUUGAUGCUGAUUUAUUUCUUGAUUGUCUUCAAUUAAAUUAUAAUUAUAAAAUUUUUUAUACAACAAUUGUUAUACAAAAUAGUAUAUAUCAAUGGUCAAUAAAUGAUUUAAAUUGGUAUCAAACAAAUAAUACUCGUUAUGCUAUAUCAAUGUUACAUUCAUUAGGUUAUGUAUUUGAUGAUAAAUAUUUACAUAAUGAUAUACUUCAAAAUCGUAUGAUUGAAUUAGCUGAACAAGAUGAAAAUUAUUUUUAUCAAAUAUCAGUUAAAAUUUUUUAUGAACUUAAAAAAUGUCAUUGGUUAAAUUUAAUAGAAUUUUUUAAUAAAAAUCAUAUUAAAAUAAUAAAUGAACAUAAUCUACUUUAUGUAUCUCUUAUUCAUAUAACUCCAACACGUCUUUUAAUAAUGCCAAAAGAAAAAACAAAAGGUCAUCGUGCAAUACGUUAUUCAAUAUUUCAAGGUAUUAAUGAUUUUUGUAUUGUUUAUUUAAAACCUGAUCCACCAAAUAUAUAUUUCAAUGAUGAUAAUAAUAAUCAUAUGAUAGAAUAUUUCAAACAAAUUUUUCAAACAGGUAUCGAAUUUGCUGGAAAUCGUUAUUAUUUAUUUGGAGCAUCAAAUUCACAAAUAAAAGACCAUUCGUUUUGGUUUAUAAAAGCCUCAUCAUUAAAUGAAAUUCAUCAAAAACGACAAUUAUUAGGUCAAUUUGAUAAAAUUUUAAACAUAGGUACAUAUGUUGCUCGAUUAGGUUUAUGGUUUAGUAAAACUGAUCCGACGGAUAUUAAAUUUAAUUAUUGUUCAAAUGAAAAUGAGUUUAAUUAUCGUGUUAAACAUGGUGAAAUAUGUAUUAUGAUGAUUGCAGAUAUUGAAAGAAAUAAUUAUUGUUUUACAGAUGGCAAUGGUCUAGUUUCGAAAGGUUUAGCAAAAUUAAUAAAUGAAAAACUUAAUGAUAAUCAACAAAAAAAUGUAAUCAUUCCAUCAGCUUAUCAAAUUCGUAUAGCUGGUUGUAAAGGUCUUAUUAUAAUUGAUCCUCAAUCAACAUUUGAUCAAUUUUAUAUUAAAAUUCGUCCAUCAAUGAAAAAAUUUGAAUCUAAUGAUUGGACUUUAGAUAUUUGCGGUUAUAGUAGACCGACACCAAGUCGACUUAAUAAUCAAUUUAUUUGGCUUUUAUCAGAUCUUGGAGUAUCAGAUAAAACAUUUCUUCGACUUCAACAACGAUGUAAUUUAUUAAAAAAUAAAAUCCCAUUACCCGUUAAUGAAUGUCGAUAUAUAUAUGGUUGUGCGUUAGAAUCUCAACUUGAAGAAGGUCAAUGUUUUAUUCGUUAUCAAAUUUUAAAUGAAAGUGGUAAAUCAUGUUCAAAUCCAAAAUUUGAAUGUGUUCGAGGAAGAGUUAUUGUUACAAAAAAUCCUUGUCCAUAUGCUGGAGAUAUGUUGGAAUUAUGGGCAGUUGAUUUACCAGAAUUAUAUCAUUUAAAUGAUGUGAUUGUUUUUUCAAUUCGAGGUGAACGACCUGAUUUUAAUAAAAUUGCCGGAUCUGAUCUUGAUGGGGAUGGAUAUUUUGUCUAUUGGGGACAAGAAUUACGACUUAAAUAUCAAGUUAAACCACUUGAUUAUACACCAGAUGCAAAACAAUAUCAAUCGACACUUAUUUCUCCUGAAGAUGUUAUUAAUUAUUGUCUUUCGACAUUAACUAUGACGAGUUCAGGUGAAAUAUAUAAUUUACAUGCAAUUAUUAUUGAUAAAAAUUAUGAAAAUUCUCAACAACGAACAUGUCAACCAUUAGCUAUUGAAUUAGCUCGAAUGUUUUCAUCAUCUGUCGAUGCUGGUAAAACAGGUUAUAUUAUUGAUAAAAAACGUAUUCAAAAAAUUCGCGAAAAAUAUGGACAAAAAUAUCCCGAUUUCUUAGGAAAAGAUGAGAAAAAAUCAUAUCCAUCAGCAUCUAUUGUUGGUAAACUUUAUCGUAAUGCACUUAAUUAUAUCAAUGGAAAAACGGAUAAACUUGAAGAAAUUUUUGCUCAAUUAAAUAUCAAUGAUGAUGAACAAGAAUUGUUACCGCAUGAUAUUCCACCAGCCAAAAUUACAGUUGAUCAGUCAGAUAUAUCAUGCACAUCAAUUGAUAAAUCAAUACAAUUACAUCCAGGUUCUCCUUUAUCACUUAUUCAAAAUUCAAUUUCAAUAAAUAACGAGAAUUCAUUGAUAGUUUAUGAUAAAAUUCCAGAUCAAAUUUUUCUAAUUGAUGGUAUGAUAUCAUCAUCUUCAUCUAUACAAUUAUGUUCAUCAACAAAACCUUUUUAUUCUGAACAUAAUGAUUUAAUUCGUCUUCGUAUCGAACUUGAUCUUUCAUCGAAUGAAAAUUUAAAACUAUGUUUACCAUCUUUAUCUUCUCUUUUCUUUGAACAAUUUUCUUCUUUACAAUAUUCAUUAAAUGAUAAUGAAUUAUCAAAAAUAAUUAUAUCAUUUGGAUAUAUAUAUUUAUUACAAUAUAAAGAACAAUUAUUAACUCUUGAACAAUAUCCAAAAACAUUAGAUUCUUUAUUAAAUAAUCAUUUUUUACCUCCAUUAUUUAAUACAUUUUUUCCAUCGACAAUUCUUGAACGAAUUGAAAUAACUAAAGAUAAUUCUCAUUGUUUACAACAAAUAUUUUAUAAAUCUAAUCAUACAAUUAAACAAGAAUACAUUGAAUCAACUUCAAAUUCUUUGUGUUUAGUAUUUCCAUGGUUUAAAAUGAAUUUUAUUGAUCAUCAACGUGAAAUAAUUCUUAUUUGUCUAAAUAUUCAUACAAAUAAUGAAAUUCGUAUACAUUUUGAUAAAAAUGGUCGAAUAAAAUCUAUUGAUAAUUUACCAAAAAUUUUCUUUAAAUGUUUUCAUCAACAAACUUCAUCUUAUCGUCCAGAUAUUCUUUAUGAAUUUCGUUCAUAUACAACAAUAAAUCAUCAAAAUUAUUCAUUAAUAUUUAAAAAUGAAUUAUUACUUGAUCCAACACAUCCAUUAACACUUCCGUUACAAGAAUAUAUUAUUCCUAUUAUUUCAUAUAGUAUUAUAACAAAUAUAUUUCAAUAUAAUGAUAUUGAAAUACAUAUUAUACGAAUAUAUUCACCUAUUCAUUAUAAAAAUGAUGAUUUUUAUAAACUUCGAUGUAUACUAGGUUAUAUUGAACAAAUUGAACAACAACAUUCUAUUGAAAUACAUGUCCAUAUGAAUAGAAAUGAAAAAUUAAAUCGAGAAAAAUUACGUUAUAUUAUGGCUUUGGCUACAGAACUUAGUCAAAUGUUAGAUUGA